GCCAUCGAGGCUCGCACCUUACUUUUUCCACGCAGCGCUUUGGAAAAUCAUGCUUUCAAAGUCCGAAAACAUCCGAGAUGCUGUGAAGUCUCUUUUUGCCGUUUUCUGGAUCACUUUCAGCGUCUGUUCCGGAGGUGUUGACGGCCAGGAGGGCAAUGGCUGUGGACAUUCGUCUCUGGGCACAGAGUCCGGCACAUUGGCCUCUCAGAACUACCCGGGCACCUACCCCAGUAACAGCUGGUGCAAGUGGAAGCUCCGAGUGCCGGAGGGGCGAACGCUGCGGCUGCUUUUUGGGGAUUUUGACAUUGAGAGCAGUCCGGGCUGCAGGAAUGGCUCUCUGGUGAUCGCAGACAAGAGCGGAGAACCCAGUCUGGGUCCAGUGUGCGGGAAGCUUGAUGCAUCGCAGAAGAAUGUGACACUAAGAAGCAAUGAAGUGACGGUGACGUUCAAGUCGGGAUCACACCGUUCUGGCAGAGGGUUCCUACUGUCUUACGCCACAGAUCAGUAUCCAGAGCUCAUAUCUUGUUUACAACGAGGAUCUCAUUCGAGCUCGCAGCUUUUGAGUGUGUACUGCCCUGCUGGUUGCAAGAAUGUCACAGGGGCUGUCUGGGGAAACUCUGAACAGGGUUACAGAGAUACCUCAGUCCUGUGCAAGUCUGCAGUCCAUGCUGGAGCUGCAUCCGAUACUCUAGGAGGUCGCGUCACUGUGAACCGUUGGAGAAGUCUCACACUUUAUGAAUCCACCUUUGCCAAUGGAAUCCUUUCUAAAACGGGAUCAUUGUCUGACAAGAAGCUGCUCUUCACACAAGACUGCAACAACAUCCUGAGUGUUUCUGGUUUAAAUGCCUCAUCUUUGUGGGAUAAAGACGGCCGAGAACACAACACGUUCUGGUCCUCCAGAAACAUGGAUUCUAGCCACGAGUUCUUGCACUGGGCUGCAGACCUCAAUGAUCUGAACCCGUGGGUGGAGCUGGGGCUGAGUGAUAGAAGCACUAUCACAGGUAUAAUAACAAGGGGAUCGAACGACCACUACAUCGAAUCCUUCAGUCUCUUCUUUAGCAAAGACCGAAAAACUUGGAAGCUUUACAAAGGCGCUCUCGGCAAAGAAAAAAAGGUGUUCCAUGCCUAUACCGACGGACACCUCAGGGUCCUCAACAGCUUGUUCCCCCCUGUGGCGGCUCGGUUUGUACGCCUGCAGCCGCUGAGCUGGCAUGGCCGGGCUUCAGCUCAGGUGCAAGUCCUGGGCUGUCCUGUUGCCAAGGUCACACCAAGGUCACGCUCAGCCGCUGAAUCUCCACCCAUCAAAGUCAACAUGGGGACCCCGCGGCCCAGCACCACCCUGGCUCCCACCGACGGGCCAGUGUUAGUGGAGACCAGACUGAGCUCCAGUCAGCCAGUGAUAGUGGCAGUGGGAGUGGUCCUGGGGCUGAUAAUGUGCGGUAGCUGUUUGUUGGCUGGAGUCUGGUGGAAGAGAAGGAAAAAAGAGUCACAAAUGAAGUACUCUUUACCCACAAUAGGUUGUCAGAGUUUCCAGGCAAAGAGUCUCUCGUGCCCACAAUCGGAGCUCAUCUCUUACCCUCUGGAGCGCAAUGUCCACGAUGCUCUGCCUAGUCCUCCUCUUAAUGACUAUGCAGCGCCGGACCUUGCCGCCAUUGGACAGAAGGUUGGCUCAACAUUCCGACCCUCCUCAGACGAGGGCUACACCACCCCCUUCGCCUUCAACCAUUAUGACGCUCCUGGCAACCUGCCCGAGUACGCCGAGCCUCUUCCCCCUGCGCCCGAGUACGCCACCCCAUUCAGCGAGCAGCCCCCCGAGUCCAUCCUGCAGACUGUGACGGGGCUCGCUCACGGCAACACGCACGGCCCUCCGGUACCGGCAGCGACCGCCGGAGCCAUAGCGUCCAGGCGCGCUCAGUACGACUGCCCCUCACACAGGAUGCUGUCCAAUGGCUACUGCACUCCUGCCCUACAUGCCAACGGCCCGAGGCCGGUCAGUGUGGUCUAUGCAGAGCCCAAGUCAUGUGACUCUUUACUACAGAAGCACACAUAUGAGGAGUCUUUGUGAACACAGCCAGCUCACACAUGGAGAAAUAAAAGGGGGAAAAAGACUCCUGAGCUCAAAUGUGUGCUGGGAAUACCUCAAGUGGACAGAAGACAUUUAGCAGGACAGUGUUGUCCAGACAGCUGCACUUCCAGUGAGUGAUGUUCUCAAAGGGGAUUGGUCACUUCGACCAGGAUGCAAAGACGAGGGUACACAACUCCGAUGUGCACAAUGGUCUGAGAGCCAUAUGCACACAAAUGUUUGCACAAAGAAAAUGCAGGUUGCCCCUCAUGUUUAUUAAAAUGUUUAAUCACAAGCUGCACUUUCAGAAAAUACAUAAAGCAAUGUAUGCAGUGUGUUAAAUACACUGCAGGUUAAUGUAAAAAGUGGAUUAAAUAAGUUACAUGUCCUCACAGAGCAUUGUAUUCACAAUGUAUAUUUUAACAUGUUUUGUUAAAACUAAAAGAUAUAUAAAUGGUACACUGUAACAAGUUUCAGAUUGUUGCUAUGACUUUGUAUAACCACUAGGUGGCUCUCUUGGGCUUUAAACAGUAAUGUAUUGUAUAAUUACUGUCUGCUGGUUGUCACCUAUAGUCUUCAUCCAUUUAUAACAUUCAUAGUAACAAAUAAACAUUGUUUUUACAUAAAUUAUUGUAUUUGAGUAUAACACAGAAGGCACAACAGGCAAGGAGGAGUCAUGAUUAUGAUUUCAUCAUUAAAAACAAUGUGGCCUCAUUAUUCGUUAAACGUUUGCCACAGCAACAACAUCUCACUUAACUCUGUAUUCUCGAAGUUAAGAUUUUCAAAAAUUUCUUGUAUGGAAAAUACUGGAGAUAAAAAAAUGUAAUUACCACAGAUUCAACUAAACUGAAAUGUCAUUGCGGUUGUGGAGACCUAUUACAAGGUUUUUAUAUAUUAUAACGAUCAGGUGACAGUGGUCGUCUGCCAUUAUAUCUGCAAAUGUUAUUCCCCAUAACAUUUAAAUUGUAAUAAAACUUUCUAGAAAUGUU